CUUCUGACUCGUCCGGGUCAUGGAAUUUCCUAAACUCGGUCACCCAAAUUAAAAAUCAAAACCCUUCGAUAAACCUCCCUCGCAUCGUUUCCAUAACAACCCGGAGGAGACGAAAUGUUCGCCGUUUCACCGUCGUCCUUCUCGCCGACAAUCAUUUCUCCGCGCCGCAGUGGACAGAUGAACAAACCUCGAAAAUUCUCGGUGGUGAGAGCAGGCGCUAAGAGAAUACUGUACGGAAAAUAUAGCAGAGAGGCACUCCAAGCCGGAAUCGAUAAGUUAGCUGAUGCUGUUUCCAUCACCUUAGGGCCCAGAGGGCGUAAUGUAGUGCUUGCUGAAAAAGAUACAAUCAAAGUGAUUAACGAUGGUGUCACCAUUGCUAAAUCUAUUGAGCUUCCUGACACGAUUGAGAACGCUGGAGCAACAUUAAUCCAAGAGGUUGCGAUUAAAAUGAACGACUCAGCGGGUGAUGGGACAACGACUGCAAUCAUUUUGGCUAGAGAAAUGAUCAAAGCUGGUUCUUUGGCUAUUGCUUUUGGAGCUAAUGCUGUUGCUGUGAAGAAUGGAAUGCAUAAGACUGUUAAAGAGUUGGUCAGAGUGUUGCAGAUGAAAAGUAUUCCUGUCAAAGGGAAGAAUGAUGUUAAAGCCGUGGCUUCAAUCUCUGCUGGUAACGAUGAAUUUGUGGGGAACUUGAUUGCUGAAACUGUGGAAAAGAUUGGCCCUGAUGGCGUCAUCUCCAUUGAAUCAUCUUCCACUUCAGAAACGUCUGUUAUAGUUGAGGAAGGAAUGAAGUUUGACAAGGGCUAUAUGUCGCCUCAUUUCAUCACAAAUCAGGAGAAAUCUACUGUGGAAUUCAACAAGGCUAAAAUCCUUGUGACGGAUCAAAAAAUCACUUCAGCCAAAGAACUAGUUCCGUUACUGGAGAAAACCUCACAACUGAGUGUUCCGCUCCUUAUAAUUGCUGAAGAUAUCUCAGCAGAAGUGCUUGAGAUACUGGUGGUGAACAAGAAGCAAGGUUUGAUCAAUGUCGCUGUUGUGAAAUGUCCUGGGAUGUUGGAUGGGAAAAAGGCUCUGCUACAAGACAUUGCACUCAUGACAGGAGCUGAUUAUCUUUCCGGAGAUUUAGGCAUGACUCUCAUGGGUGCAACUUCAGAUCAGCUGGGUGUUUCUCGGAGAGUAUUAAUUACAGCUAAUUCAACAACUAUAGUCGCAGACGCUUCAACUAAACCGGAGAUUCAGGCAAGAAUUGCUCAGAUGAAGAAGGAUUUAGCUGAGACAGAUAAUUCAUAUCUUUCAAAAAAAAUCGCAGAGAGAAUUGCUAAGCUCACUGGAGGUGUGGCUGUGAUAAAGGUGGGAGGUCACACUGAAACAGAACUUGAGGACAGAAAACUAAGAAUAGAGGACGCGAAGAACGCUACAUUUGCAGCCAUGAGAGAAGGUAUAGUUCCAGGUGGUGGUGCCACUUAUAUCCAUCUUUUAGAUGAGAUACCAAGAAUCAAGAAGAAUCUAAUGGAAGAUUCAUACGAACAAAUAGGAGCAGAUAUAGUAGCAAUGGCACUCACGGCACCUACAAUGGCCAUAGCAACCAAUGCCGGGGUUGAUGGAUCAGUUGUGGUGCAGAAAACCAGAGAACUUGAAUGGAGAAGUGGUUACAACGCAAUGUCUGGAAAGUAUGAGGAUCUUCUAAACGCUGGAAUCGCAGAUCCUUGUCGGGUUUCAAGAUUCGCCCUCCAAAACGCGGUUUCUGUUGCCGGCAUUGUUCUCACGACUCAAGCAGUGCUUGUGGAGAAGAUCAAGCAGCCUAAACCUGCCGUUCCUCAAGUUCCUGGCAUACCCACCUCAUGAACACCACCAAAGGUGACAAGCAGAAAAACCAAACUCUUUCAGCCGAUUUUGUCUGAAUCGAAACCUUUGCUCAAAAAUGGUGGUUGAUUUUGUUGUUUUUAGCUAAAACAUCAAAAUCUGUGAUGCAAUGAUAUGUGCAGAGUGUGACAAAAGAUUAUUGGAAUCAUUGUUGCUUACUAUUGAAGCCAAGCUUGUUGUAAGCCUCAAAAUUAUCCGACAAAGCAAGAAGAUUGCCUUGUAAUGCAAGAUUCCUAUGUUGUAAAACCCUAAAAAUUUUUUAUUAUGAUAGACAUUAUACAGAUAUCGUUUAUAUCAUUGUCUUUUAUUACUA